AUGUCCACCCCAGACUCAUCCAAGCCCAAGCCCCACCGGGUCCUCGCUUGCGUUCUCUGCCAACAGCGCAAAGUGAAAUGCGACCGGACGUUUCCCUGCUCAAACUGUGUCAAACAUGGCGCUCAGUGCGUUCCAGCUACUCAGCCCCGACAACGAAGACGACGAUUUCCGGAGCGUGAGUUGCUGGAUAGGUUGAGGAGGUAUGAGGCGUUGAUGAAGCAGAAUAACGUCAAGUUUGAUCCGCUACAUGAAGAUAAUGGGACUGACAAGAGCUCGCCGAAUGAUUAUCACUCUGACAGGGAUCAGGGUGAUGAGGAUGAUUCCCAGGUUAGAUCUGAGGGUGUAGCUGAGGUCAAGUUCUUCGAAACAGCAUUCAGUCACGCCCAAGAUCAAUCCUUCAACAAUGAUGAACACAUGCUUUUCGGCUCCCGCCAAACAGCCGUCGAGCUCUAUACUCUCCACCCAGAACCCGCUCAACUCUUUAGGCUUUGGCAGGUAUACCUUGACAAUGUCAACCCUCUCUUAAAAGUCACGCAUACACCGACUCUGCAGGGUCGUAUCGUCGAAGCUGCGUCAAAUCUCAAAGAAAUUCCUUCCACUCUUGAAGCUCUCAUGUUUGGUAUCUACUGUAUGGCUAUACUAAGUCUUACUGCCGAGGAGUGUGAGACCAUGUUUAAGCAGACUAAGGACGAAUUCUCGACGAGAUUUCAGUUUGGCUGUCAGCAGGCAUUGUUGAACAGUAAUUUCCUCCGUACCGGUAGUCGAGAGUGCUUGACUGCAUUAUUCCUCUAUCUCGUGUCUGUCCGCUCAGCUAGCCACCCAAAAUCCAUCUCAGCCAUGCUCGCCGUCGCAAUGCGCAUCGCUCAACGAAUGGGUCUCCAGAGCGAAAACGUCAACGCCAGAAGCAGCGUUCUCGAAGCAGAAAUGCGCCGCAGACUCUGGUGGUCCCUUGUACUCUUUGAUUCCCGAGUUAGCGCCCUGGGAGAUCACAAACCAACGAGCCUAGCCCCAGGGUGGGAUUGCGCUUUGCCCAUGAACGUCAGCGAUUCUGAACUUCGGGAGGAAACGAAGAACCCGCCAAAGGUCCAAGAGCAAGCUACCGAGGCUAUUUUCGCUGUUGUGAGAAGUGAGAUUGGGGAAUAUACUAGAAACAGUCCGUUUUAUAUCGCGUUUACGAAUCCGUUGAUGAAGCCGUUGGCAAAGAAGCUGCCUGAAAGUGGAGAUGUUGCUUUGGAGAGAAUGAUAGAGGAGAAGUAUCUCAAGUUCUGCGAUGCUGAUAACCGUCUUCACUACAUGACCAUUUGGACAGCGAGGGCUAGUAUCGCAACAUGCCGACUCAUGAACGACUUCCUUGUCUAUCUCGAAACUUCAGCUACAUACAACCAAGCGAAUCACGAAGCGGCAGUCUCCUACGCCAUCGAUUGGCUAGAAUGCGAUGCGAAACUCUCAAGUUCACCUCUAACUAAAGGCUUCCGAUGGUUUCUACAGCUUUAUUUUCCGUUUCCGGCCUAUAUACGAAUUAUCCAGCACUUGAAGACCCAGCCAUUUAGCAGCAUUGCAGAAAGGGGGUGGAAAGUCAUGAAGGAUAAUUAUGAAGCUCGGCAUGAAGGAGCAGAUGUCGACAGAUGGCAUCCCAUCUUCAAACCGUUUGCGAAUAUUGUUCUAUACGCCUGGGAUACGGUCAAGAAAGCUUAUGAUCAAGCUGAAAGGGAGAUUGAAACACCAGAGCUGGUGGACUUUAUCAAUAGAAAGACAGCGGACAUGUCUUUCGAUGGAAACGAACCACCUGAUUCACAACCCCAGGGGAGUGCUGGGAUGGAAAUGGACGGUGUUCAGCUUCAGAUGCCAUUUGGUUUUGGCGACCCGGGUGCAUUUUUCAACCUGGGUGCACAGCCUGGCUUUGACCCCGUCAGUUCGGCACCGUAUAUGGCGGGCGGUGCGCCAUUGACGGUGAAUAUGAACCAGCUUAACUGGAGUUCGAUGAACUGGGGGAUGGCUGGCAUGGGCGACAAUGGAAACUGGUAA